AUGGAAGCCGUGCAGCUUGCCAAGAGUGUUCUGGCUGCCGAUGGGCAGCCAUUCAAGAUCUUGUCACUCGCUCAGGGGUUUGCGCCGGUGACCCCGGAGACGUCGGUGCUAGAGGCACGUCGAAGCUACAUGCGUCUCGCCGGCGCUAUCCACCCAGACCGCCUUCAGAGAAGCUUUGACAAAGCCACGGAGGCGUUCCAGUGCCUGGUGCGUGCCUUUGAGUGCUUCGCAGAUCCCAAGUCGCGCAAGCGGGCCGCCGCCUCUGCCCAAAGGCAGGCGAAGACGGAAGCCGUGGUAACCACCGCGGUACGUGGCAGGCAAGCCAAUGCCGCACCGCCGUCUUCCACUAAGUCGGGCCCGUCGGCGUCGCAGCCGAUGAUGAAAGGCGAGAAGAAGCGGGAGAAGUCCAAGUCAAAGGCAGCUGCUGCGCCAGCUGUAAAAAAGCCAAGAGCAGCCGACCUCACCGAGGAGGAGGAGAGCGAGACCGGUGAUGACGUCUCUGAGGCAUCGGUAGCGGACGAGGAGGCGUGGGAAGCAUGCGCCGCCGCGAACAAGGAGCCGGAGGUGUCGACAAACCGCACGCCAAUCGGGCAGCUGCGCGUUGGUGGACUUUACCAGCUUACCACGGUGGGAUGUCCCAAGUGCCGCUCUCUCUGGGAGCCGGAUGCGCGCCCCCAAUACUCGCUGUUCAUGGGUCGUUGGGGUAAGAAGGUGCACUGUCAGCUGUGUCUUUUCCAUUUUGGUUGUGCCACAGCGCUGCACGGCUGCCCACACUGCAGGGCGCCGUUCGACUACGACGUCUCCAUGUACGAUUCAGUGCAAACAUGUCAACGCUGCAGGAAGCAGUUUGGCUUCCCCUACUACCCCGUCAAUCAGUACUUGAUUGACCAAGUGGCGCUGGAGGAGUGGCGAGAGCGUAUGGAUCAGCAAAAAGCGAGUGAGCGAGAGGCCCGUGCCCGAGCGCGUCGCGGUGGCGGCGACGGUAGCGAUGGGGCGAGCGCCGAGGAGGAGAGAAUGCAGCUCCUGGUAGGCACCUGCAUUAUGGAGGAGGUGUGCCCCUUGUGCCACAAGCGCAUCAAGAGCAAGCACCGUUCGCACGUGGAGGGGUGCAUGGCAAAGGACCCAAAGGAGCUCGCUGCAUCGACUGGCAGGGCUGCCAAGAAGAUAGCGAGCCCUGCGCCGCUGGCCGACAAGGUCGCCAAGGCACCGGUGCCCCGGGCUGCCAAGAGGGACCCGAAGGCAACAGCGGCGCUCACCAAGAAGUCAGCCGCCCCGACGACGCCACGCGCCAACGUCUCCAAAGGGAAGAAGGCGUCGGUGCUGCAGAAGCGCAAGCGGCGACGCGGCGACUCGAGCUCCUCGGAAGAGGACGAGAUCAGCACCGAGUCGACCUUCUCCGAUGAUGACUACGACGACAGCGACUAA